CCUGCAAGACAAACACAACCCAAAAGAGGAAGUCUAUAGAAAUGGAGACAGUAAAGGCAGCUGCUUUCUCUCAGGGGGAAAAAAAAUUCAAUCUUAUUUUCAUACAAGUAAUUCUUCUGGUUUUUAUGAAUGGCUGUGACUGCAGCAGCGUUCAAAAGGAGUCUUUGCAACUGAACUGUAGUGAUGUGAAAGAAAAUGGAUUUUAUAAGAUUUCUACGCCGAGUUCUUUUGAUAAAAGAUGGCGUGUGUCUGAUUUAUCUGAAGAGAGCUGGGUUAGCAAUGAUAAAAACAUAGCUCUAAUUUUAUUUCAUUCCGUGGCACCUGAGCCUAAUUUUACAGAAGAAGUUGUAAGAGUCAGCCCAGGAGAAAUCAUUCUUCGUCAGUGCAGGAAUGUGACUCGGACAGUCUUCUUUAAUGAAGGGCUGGUGAGUCAAUACAAUUAUGAGAUAAGAAUCGAUUUUAUACUAGUCCCUGAAGAGACUCCAUCAGUCAAAGGCGUUGGUGGAGAGACUCGCAAGAGGACUGGUUUAGUUAUGGGUGGGAUUCUUGUUAUUAUUAUAAUUGCUGGAUGCGUCUGUUUCCAGUUAAAGAGAAUAUGGAUUAACAAAAUUAAGUUGGAAAUGCAGCAUGCAACCAACGUCUGAUCAUUUGGGGAUGAGAAUCGUAAUGUAACUGAAGCGUGCAGCUUCAAAAACAUUAUAAUAUCUUCUCAAAAUAGAAAACGGUGUACAGGAGGGGAGCCAUGGACACACAACAUUCGGUCCAUGCAUCUCGCUUUGAGCGACAAAAUUAUCAAGACAUAUCGUUUUUUCUCUUAAAUAUUCGAAUGGUGUUUAAAUCGUAUGGUGGUGGGUAAAACAAGAUUGAUUUAUAUGCAGUGCUGCAUGUUUGCAAAAAGAGGGCAGAAAGCUAAUCUGGCAGCAUGCGAACGAUGUUUAUAGUAUCUUGUGUCUGACGGUAGAACAGAGUGGACUGUAUUGAAUGUGACUGCAGUGAUCAAGGCUAAAUUUCUUGUAGCAGUCAUAUUCAUUAUUCUUUCUUUCUAUAUAUAUUUUUAAAUAACAAUAAUUGCAAAUAAUGUAAAAUUGCCGUGGAGGCAAUUUUGUAUUUAUUUAUUUAUUAUUAUAAACGUUCGUGCCCUGUAAUUAUAUUAAUAACCACAGCGCUCCUUGGACGUUUUUGGAGUAUUCUGUUUCUAUAACAAGAGCAGGUUUAACCCUAUAUUAGACUAUUCACAGAACACCCUGUAAAGUUUACAAGAAACCACCUUUUUGUUGUUUUUUUUUCAUAAAGUAGAUAGACAAAGUGCUUUGUCUUUGCUGCCCUGUGUUGUGUGUUAUAUUUUUAAACAUAUUGCCAGACUUGGAAAUGUUUAAUCACACAUCGUGGGUCACAAAUUAACCAGAGAAUUCAUUUCUCUACAUUUAUUUCUCAACAUAAUUUCUCUCCUAAGGAUCGCGGUGCAUUCAGAUCACGUUCCCUCCUGCAACAGCGCUGGUUUUCAGUUCCUACAAUACACCACUGACUUCAGUCAGGGGGAAGGGUGAACUGGGUACACCGCGAUGCUUAGAAGAGAGCUUUUGUCAAGGUGAAUGUCGUUGGGACGAUUCGCCCCCGCCAUCCUGACCUUGGAUUUGAAUGAACAAAAAAUAGAUUCCUAAAAAGUGAUUCUAAAAAAAUAUAUAUAUUGAAUAUAAAAAACAUAUCUUCAAAGCUAGACCGCUCAUCGCUUGUUGUAUUAACAGUUUGCACCCAGUGUGCCACAAUGAUGUUCUACCAAAUACA